AUGGUAGAAACGGAAGGAACGUCCGACGUGCCGCAGUCCGAGUUCUGGAUCACCCGCUGGAACAACGGGAACACGCCGUGGCAACUUGACGGAGUUUAUCCGCUCCUAGAGAAAAACCAGGACGUCAUUCUCGCGGGAAAACAGAAUGCCCAGGUCUUCCUCCCGAUGUGUGGAAAGGCGCCUGACUUGAAAUGGUUCUACAGCAAGGGGCAUCGCGUCGUUGGCGUGGAGUUCCUUGAAGCGGUUGCCCGGGGCUUUUUCGUCGACAACAGCAUCCCUUUCGGCGAAGCCGAGUGCCCUGUACUCAAGUGCAAGAUUUUUCAGGUAGAUUUUUUAACCGCCUCGACAAUUCAAUACCGCAGUACCUUCCCAGGCACACCCGCCACAAUCAAAUAA